AUGAGUAUACUAUCUUGGAAUUGUCGAGGCCUGGAAAAAGCCUCGACAGUGCGAGGUUUGCUAUACCUCGUUGGGAAAUCUUCCCUGCUUGAUCUCUUCCUGAUUGAAACCAAAGCGGUGGAUUCUCGCAUCCAUAAAAUUGCAAAAAAUUUACCUUUUGAUAAUAUUGGCACCAUAGAUGCACACCAUUCAACAGGAAGUCUUGCUCUUUUAUGGUCAAAAGAACUGGACUGGACAGUAGUUUAUAAGUCAGAUUGGAUAAUAGAGGUUGAAGCCAUUUUAAACAAUGGAAAGGUCGUCAAUUGUUGGUUUUGCUACUGCCCCGCCAAAAGAACGUUGAGGAAAGAUUUUUGGCAAGAGUUGGUGAACGCCGUUAAUUCAGGGAGCCACAUAUGGAUGUGCAUGGGCGACUUUAAAGACGUCGUAAGUCAAGAAGAAAAGUCAAUGGGACAACUGGUCAACAGCAAAUCCAACCACUACCUUAGCAACUUUAUGCUCGAGAUGGGUGCAAUUGACAUUGGCUACAGUGGUUAUUCUUAUACUCGGUGCAAUAGGAGAUGGGGCAACGCCAACAUUCAAGAACGCAUAGAUCGCGUUAUUGCAAGCUCCGAGUGGAGGAUUUUAUUCAAUCAGGCUGGUGUUGUACAUUUGCCGCCAUCAGGAUCUGACCAUCUGCCCAUACAACUCUUUUGA